AAAUCAGUUGAGCUCGACCAUUUGUCGGGUACCAUCUAGUUGUCGUCCAGAAAUAUCAGGCUGUCUUUACCGACAUAUCUCUCGUUCAACUUGUGUUGACGUUCUCCACGUCACCGUCUACAUGGCGGAAGUCGCCCGGGCAGUAAAUCUAGGUCGUAUUUGUCAUGUCUCAGCUACUAUCCUCACGUUGUAUGAUCACAUGAUCACUCUGGAUCAAGAAGUAGAGCUCAUAUGGCAAAAACGCUGGUCGCUUUUGAAGGUCUUGUUCAUAUGGACCCGGUAUCUUGGUGACCUUGUUCUGAUAUGCGAUACUUGUGUGUUCAUGCUGUCGUCGGUGCCUCCUCAGCUCUGUCUCACGUACGUCGAGUUUCAGUCAUGGGCAAGUACAAUCAUAAUAUGGACAAUGCAAAUAAUCAUGCAGUUCAGAAUAUAUGCAAUGUACCAAUGGUCCAAGAAAAUCAUAUGUUUUGUUGCGGCUUGUUUUAUCAUUGAAGUAGCGUUCAUGUUCGCUGUGAAGAUGGUGUCUGCUCGAUCGGGUGCUUAUCCGGACCUUAGUCCCAUAGAUGGUGUGCAUCCCUGUAUAUACAAAGCACUGCCGGAUUUUCUAUACUCGUCCUGGGUCGCCAUGAUGUCUUAUGAGAGUAUUCUGUUUUCCUUCGCCGUCUGGAUGGGGAUCAAACACGUCAAGGAGAUGCGUGCUCUAAGAUACCUUAGGGGUGGUUCUAUUUUCGAAGUACUCAUCCGGGACAGUUCCUUCUAUUUUAUGCUUACUCUAUCUACCUGCGCGGGCAUGUGGCUGGCGUUACCCGCAGACAUGUUCGAAGUCCCUGAAGGUUUCUCUAUUGCUGUAACCACAAUCAUGGGUUGCAGACUCGUACUGAACUUGCGGGAAGAAUACUAUCGUCCUCUUCGAUCUACUUCGUGGAUCGAUGCGCAGGAGGGAGAGCUGCUGGCAGUAGAGGACUUGCAUUUCCCUUGAUAUAUUUUAUCUCCCGGCGUAGCCACUGGCAGAUGGGAACACACGAUCCUCAAGAGAGCACGAUAGGGCUCAUACGAAUCCAUGAGACCGAUGAUGGUGGUUUCACUCGUCACCAAAUGACCACUAUAUCAUCGUCAUCAUAUUUCUCCUUACUUACAGCUGACCGCUGAAGCGCUGAAGAGUUGGAGACAUGUAUUACAUAC